AUGAAGUGCCUGGUGUGUGUUCUGAUCAUCAACCUGUUGCUGACCUCCUUUCCCGUUUCUGGAAUCAAGCUGUGCGGCCGCGAGUUAAUCCGAGCGAUCGUUUAUACCUGUGGGUCUUCUCGCUGGAUGAGGCUUCUGGAUGACCAGAACGAUCCUUUCCAGAUCUCAGCUGAUAAAGAUUACUCCAAGGAGAUGGACAGCAUGAGAAAUCUUCAAAGAAUCUUUGGCAGCGACAGAAACCAGGAAACCGAGCCAUCUUAUGCUGAUCAAGUGUUUGACAAGGACAACAACCAGUAUGAUCAGGCACCAGGGGAUUUCCGUGAGUACAUUCGCCAGAUUGAUGGAGGCAGCAAUAAAGACCACGCUUUUGCAUCAACACUGGUGCAGUAUCAACCGUGGGCCAGAUUCAUCAGGAAGAAAAGGGAAGCAUCAAAAGAAAUGCAAGCCAAAUGCUGCACUGAAGGCUGCACCAAUCAAGAGAUCAGCACAUUCUGCUGA